CCAGCUUGCCUUCCGCGACUGAUCGUGCGCAAGUUUCCUAGCAGCGCAUGCGUACAACGUAGCCUCCAAGGGAAAUUUAAAAAACAAAAAAACAAGACUACCAACUCCACAGAAACCUUCGGCGUCUCCCGCAAACGACCGUAGUUAAAAAACAGCAAAGGAAUCCCGGGCCGGAGGGCACACUCCACCGGUGAGCUACCCUGAGGACCACCGGCUCCAGCGCAGCUAUGAACUUGGAGCGGGUGUCCAAUGAGGAGAAGUUGAACCUGUGCCGGAAGUACUAUCUGGGUGGGUUUGCAUUCCUGCCUUUUCUUUGGUUGGUCAAUAUUUUCUGGUUCUUCAGAGAGGCCUUCCUUGCCCCAGCCUACACAGAGCAGAGCCAAAUCAAAGGCUAUGUUUGGCGCUCAGCUGUGGGCUUCCUCUUCUGGGUAAUUAUUCUCACCACCUGGAUCACCGUCUUCCAGAUCUACCGGCCCCGCUGGGGUGCCCUUGGGGACUACCUCUCCUUCACUAUUCCCCUGGGCACCCCCUAACAACUUCACAAGCUGGUUGGUGAUCUGGUCUUUCUCCCAGGAUGGGCUUCUCUGCUUUAAGUUUUUUUCUGAAACCCUGAAGACUGUCUGUCCCCCAUUUCCCAACUGCCCCAAUAAAUGGCCCUAACUUUAAAUAC